GUUUGAGCAAACUCCGGGAGAUAGUGAAGGACAGGGAAGCCUGGUGUGCUGCAGUCCAUGGGGUCGCAGAGUCGGACACGACUGAGCAACUGAACAACGACCAAGUGUUUGCGUGGGUCUGUGUGGGUGUGGGAGCCCAGGUGGAUGGCCGCCUCACCACGGAAUGUCUCUCCUGUUGACAGAGUUCCACAAUUCUAUUGGAAGGCAAGCUCCCACGGGCUGCCAUGAGUGUGGGGGAAACGGUGUGGAAGCCUCUCCUAGAGGAUGCUUUGGUGAUCUCAGGGCGAGUGCUAGAACGGGGUCCCUGGCACCUUGGGGGUGGGGGUGAGACAGUGACACAGGCAGUUGGGAAUGAGAAGACUCUCCUGGCCUGGCCGCCUGGCCUGGCCGUGCCAUUUCAUAGUGCCCCAAUGACAGUGAGAGAAGGAUGACAGUGAGAGAAGGAUGACAGUGGUCCUGUGUCCCCCCAGCAGACUGCAGGAGCUCACAGUGAAGGAGGGAGGAGAGGCCAAGACGCUGCUGUCACAGCCGCCGGAGAGAGAAGUCUAGGUGUCACGGUUGGUGGGGUGAUGAUGAAGCCUGUGGGCCUACAGGAAAAGGGGAACAGAUACCCCGUCUACUGUGCCCUGCAGCCCCGCAGGCCCGUCUGCAGGAAACGGUGAGUGGGUUUUCCCGGGAUCUGGCGGGGAAAGGUGUGUCUUCCAAGGCCGACGCCCACCUGGGCCAGGUCCAGACCACAGCCGAAAAGUCUUCACCUGAGCCUAGCCCGACCUCCGCUCCGCCUCUGGCCCGCCCCCGGCCCGCCCCCGGCCCGCCCCCGGCCCGCUCCCUGCCCCUCCCCGCUCCGCUGACUCAGAGCCCUGCCUUCAGAGCCCAAUCAGAUGCCAGGUAAGUAAACAUGUAUAGAAUGAAGCAUCUUAUUGGCUAACAGAGAGCCAAUCGACAGCUAAUAGAGACCGGUCGCCGGAAGAGCCUGGCCUCAAAGGAGCGGGAGGGCGGAAGAGGUGGGCCUUUCGAGGUCGAGGGCGGCCCCGGGGACUGACGGGGAGGUGUGAGGGGCUGUGUGAGGGGCGGGCCCGAAGGAGGAGUGACACGCGUGAGCCAGCCCCGACUUUCGUCACGGCUGUCAUCUUGAGCUUCGUCACCGCCGUCACCGUAACUUAGGAGAAUCGUGGCGGGCAUUUCUGGGAGCUCUCGGGUGUCCGUUCGGUCUGUCAGCGGGCACUCAUCCCGAGCGCGUCAUGACAGGCAGGAAAAGAAGCACAUUUCCAUCUUUUGGGAAAGAAGUGUGUUGCAUCGAUCAUUCGAUGUGCCCUGUCCCCAGCACUUUUCAUCGAGAGCCCGUCUGCUGUGAGUGCUUGGCCAAAUUUGGGGGCUACCUGCCAGUGCCCAGGGCUAAGGCAGCACUGCCUUACUGGGUCCCUCUCUCCUUGAGACCCCAAAAUCAGAUCCAAAAGAUGAUCCGGUCUUAUAUUCCCAAAACCACCAAGGCAUGCCUCUGCCCAUGCCACCGCUUUGGGGGCCACCUCCCGAUGCCUAGGGAUCAGGCCGUGAUGCCCUACUGGGUGCCCCAGGUCCUGAGGUCUCACAAGAAGGUGGUGAAAAGGCAGCAGAGUUUUAAAGGCAUCUCAGAAGCCCCUCUGGAUGUGCGCUCCGGGUACAACCGCUGGCGGAUCUGUGGCGAAGGGCGCCAUCUCCUCAAGUGGCAGCAGCUCCAGGCUCUUCACCAGGCUGGGCCGGUGGCCUCGGGGCAGCCAGAAGGCCCCCCAGCCCCCCUCCUGCCCCUCAACCUCAGCCUCCUGACACUCCUCCAUGCUCUGCUGAGGGUCAUGGAGGCCAUCCGCCAGCUUUUUUGGGUAUGAAGUUGGAAUCAACGGCUACUGUCAAGAACAUCAACAAAAAUGUCCAUCCUCCUCAAGGUCUUUAACAAAAGCCAUCAAAUCAGGGAGAGUCUGUAAUAGUCACUGUUCUCUCAGUCAAUGCAAGUUAUUUAUCAUCAGGUGAUUUUUAGUUGUAGUGGAGUUGCUGUGAA